AAGUGGUGUCAUGUCUCUGGCACGUACUGACAACAGGGUCCCACACAACAGCAGUAGCAGUGACUGCAGUGACUGCAUUGUCUGAGAGGAGCGCAGAGCAGCGCAGCACAGCACAGCACAGCACAGCACAGACACCCUGGGACUUUUGGACAGGCUGGCUGGCUGGGAACCACAGGCUGGAGGACCUUCAACAGGCUAAAAUAGACCCGACCCAACCCGGCUCUCCACCACUCUCUACGUACUUACUUACUCUGGGACUCCAGGAUUAGCAGCUGCACCUCUGGACUCGAUCUCCCGAGCCACGGCCUCGGACACGCGCGCACAACCUUUCACCCAGGGAAACAUUUAUUAUCAUUAAUGCUGUUAUCGUUUCUGUGGACUUAAUCUCCCGAGCCUUGGAUACAGACAACCGUUCACCCGGGGAAACGGCUAUUGUACUAUAUUAAGACUAUUACAUUAUCGUAUUAUUAUUAUUGUUAUUUUCGUGGGGAAGAGCGAUGAGUAAACCGGCGACGUUGACGUCGUGCAUCGCCAAGAUGUACGAUGGCGGCAAGCUGGAUAAUGGCGCCACUCCACUGCCGGCGGUGCUUGUGAAGAAGCCGAGCAGCAACAACAUGCUGUCCAGCCUGGGGGCCGUGGAGCUGAAGCUCGGCCUGCUGGAGGGCAAGGUGGAGCAACUGGCGCACGGACAGGCCGAGGUGUUGCGCAGGCUGGACACCAUCUGCGCAGGCCUGGGAGCCUUGGAGAGGGACGUGGCACAGUUGAAGAAGCAGGAACAGGAUGUGGCGCUGUUGAAAAAGCAGGAACAGGAACUAGAGCCGUCGAAGAAACAGGAAGUACCAAGUGGAGGCAAUGGAGGUGGUGUUGGGGGUGUGGGUGGGGGUACAACGGCGACGGUGAACCACCAGGGUUUGACGAAGUUCCGGCGUGCUAGCUUUGGUCCUUUUGGUGCCCCUGCUGUUGGCGUUUGUACUGCCCCUGCCCCUGUGACUACCACGCCUGCUGCCAGCACCACUACCGCCGAAAGCGCUGCCAUGCUGGCAGAGGUGCGGGCACUGUGCGGAGAGACAGUGGCGCUGCUGAAAGGCGUGCAGGACGAGGGCCGGUGCCAGCGGGUCAAGAUGGAGGGCAUCGCCAGCUCUGUGUCGGCGGUGGACAAGGCUCUGGGCUACUUGGGGGAGCUCUUCCGCAGCUCCAAGAUCGUGGAGUUCAUACUCAAGGGCAUCGUGCCGUGGGGCCGACCACAGCAGCAGGAGCCGCAGGAACAGCGCGAGGAGCGAGACAGGGUGGAGGAGGAGGUGGUGGAGUCGCAGAUGCUGCAGGAGCCCCAGGACAGGGCAGAGGAGGUGAAGCAGCGGGACCCGCAGGAGCAGGAGAGGCCGGAGGAGGUGGAGGAUAAGAAGCAGGACACGGAAGGAGAGAAAACCAAACCAGAAGAUGGAGGUGUGACACCUCAACCUGAUAUGUGUGACCAGGCGACUCAGGUCCAGGAGGAUAUUCAAGAGUCACUUCCUGAUGAACUGCAGCAAGGUGAGAAGGGGCAGGGAGCGCUGGGCCUGGACGCCUCUGUGGCGUCUCCCGAGCUCGAUACUGAGGGCAAAGGUCACAGCGAGACGGCGCGCGAGGAGGGGGUGGCGGAUCAAUCUCAACAUCUCAACGCAGUCGACGCCUCGGGCAAAGCCCAGCGCCGGCCAAAGGAGGUGACGCCGCGGAGCAGGGAGCCGACGAGGGUGCAGACCUUUGCCCCGGAGCCUCUACCGCACGUCAUGGCAGUUAAAACGGCAGCAGCAUCAACAGCUGCCAUCCGGGCUACUGUACCGGCUAAGGAGGAAAGCGCCAAAGAGGAGGUGGACAUCACAAGAGACAGUACAGACGUCGUGGUGGCUACCGUAGUCCCUCCACAACCCAGCCAAGAGGAGAAACUGCUUAAAUCUGAAGGGGAGCGAUUAACGACUCUGCCAAAACUGCAAGGGCAGGAGGCCAUCUCCCAAGAGAUAGCGGAACCCUGCCUGAAGGACGAUCAAACUGCCGAGUCUACAGCCACACUUCCUGAAUCAGAGUCAAACAAAGUGCAGAACCGAACAUUGUCUGCGGAAAAGGUUCAAGAUAAACCGCAGCUAGCUACUGCGACAGCGUCAGAGACAAAAGCCACUUCCCCGUCACCUCCACCUCCUCUGAAAAACGUGUUCCUUCUGCGCAAAGAUUCCGACGCGCACUUUGUGGUCGUAGAUGACUGCCCACCUAUGCCUGCCCCAUUUACCCACCGCAUUGUAAGCGCCAAGCAAGUGCCAAUGGGCUCCUACUACUCCGUCAAACCCAAUGAACUAUUGGGUGGCGGGCGCUUUGGCCAGGUGCACAAGUGUGCAGAGCUGUCAUCGGGACUCACCCUCGCAGCCAAGAUCAUCAAAGUCAGGGGGAUGAAGGAGAGGGAUGAGGUGAAGAACGAGAUCGGUGUCAUGAAUCAGCUGAAUCACGUGAAUCUUAUCCAGCUCUACGACGCCUUUGAGUCGAGAACAAACCUCACGCUCAUCAUGGAAUAUGUGGAAGGAGGCGAACUUUUCAAUCGCAUUGUGGACGACAACUGCCAGUUAACAGAGCUGGAUGCCAUCAUCUUCACCAGACAGAUCUGUGAAGGAGUGCAAUAUCUCCACCAGCAAUAUAUUCUACACUUAGACCUGAAGCCGGAAAAUAUUCUUUGUGUGACAAACACUGGAAACCAGAUCAAGAUCAUUGACUUUGGCCUGGCGAGGAAAUACAGGCCAAGGGAGAAGCUGAAGGUGAACUUUGGCACUCCUGAGUUCCUGGCUCCUGAGGUGGUCAACUACGACUUUGUCUCCUUCCCCACCGACAUGUGGAGCGUUGGCGUCAUCACAUACAUGCUUUUAAGUGGACUCUCCCCUUUCCUGGGUGAAAAUGACGCUGAGACGAUGAACAACAUCCUGCACGCCAACUGGGACUUUGACUCCGAGGCGUUUGAUGGCGUGUCUGAGGAGGCCAAAGACUUUGUCUCCAGACUGCUCAUUCCAGCCAAAUGUGGUCGGCUGAGUGCAACUGGCUGCAUGAAGCACAGCUGGCUGAAUAACCUGGGGGAGAAGGCCAGGAAGCACUGCGUCCAGCUCAAGUCCCAGAUGCACCUGCAGAGAUACAUGGCCAUCCACCGCCAGUGGAAGAAACACUUCUACGUAGUUGCAGCUGCCAACCGUCUCCAGAAGUUCCAGAAGAAUCGGUCGUCAAACCCUGCAUAGCACCUGCUGUCUGUCCGUGUGAAAGAAAAUAGGGCAGCAUUGUAUAAAGUAGAAGUACCCUUAUGAUAUUACAUAUGUGAAAACAUGUGAACAU